CGUUCUCUGAAUCAGAUAAAACCAUCUGAAGAUUCCAGGAACUCAAGGGAAGACGUAGAUCUAAUAUCAGUGGCAAAUUAAGGAGGAGAAUAUGCACGUGGUAAUGCUUCCAUGGUCGGCCUUCGGUCACAUGAUCCCCUUCUUCCAUCUUUCCAUAGCUCUAGCCAAGGCCGGUAUCCGAGUCUCCUUCAUCUCCACCACUUCCAACCUCCGUAGGCUCCCCCUUCAUUUCAUUCCUCCUGACUUGGCAGCUCCGCUAAAUUUGGUGGAGCUUCACUUACCCGCCGUCGAUGGCCUACCAGCCGAUGCCGAAGCCACCGUUGACGUUGCCUUCGACCAAAUCCAAUACCUCAAGAUAGCCUAUGAUCGCUUGAAACCACAAAUCAAACAGUUCAUCUCCCAAGACAUACCCGAUUGGAUUAUCCAGGAUUUCGCUUCCCAUUGGACGGCCGAAAUCUCUCGAGAACUUAAAGUCCACGUUCCACUCAUUCUAUUCUCCGUCUUCUCUGCUACCAUAUUUUCCUUCCUUGGUCCACCAGAGUAUCUCACUGGUGAAGCUCAAGCUAAACACUGGUCAUCUCCUGAAUCUCUGAUAUCUCCGCCGGAGUGGAUUGAUUUCCCGUCCACAGUUGCUUUCCGGUCGUUUGAGGCUGGUCCCAUACAUGCAGGCUUUUUCGGUAAAAACGCCUCCGGGACGACUGAUACCGAGCGCCUGAUGCUGACGGCAACCGCCUCGCAAGCUGUUGCGAUCCGAAGCUUCAAGGAGUACGAAGGUCAAUAUUUGGAAUUACUACAGAAGGUUUACCGGAAACCAGUAAUUCCGGUUGGUGUACUUCCGCCGACACCGGCACCGCCGUUGGCGGAGAAAAGCUUCCAAGAAGAGUGGUCGACUGUUUUCAAGUGGCUUGACCAACAGUCGCCUAAGUCGGUCGUGUUUGUUGGGUUUGGCAGUGAGUGCAAGCUGAGUAGAGAUCAGGUGUAUGAGAUAGCCCAUGGCCUUGAUAUUUCUGGGCUUCCCUUUCUGUGGGCCUUAAGGAAGCCCAUGUGGGCAGUCGACGAGGAUGAUGCAUUGCCACCGGAAUUCAGAACCCGCAACAAGGGCCAAGGUGUAGUGUGUUUGGGCUGGGCUCCUCAGAUGGAAAUUCUGGCCCAUCCUUCGGUGGGCGGGUCACUGUUUCAUUCCGGGUGGGGGUCCAUAAUAGAAACCCUCCAAUUCGGUCACACCUUGGUGGUCCUGCCGAUUGUGAUCGACCAGGGCUUGAACGCUAGGCUGCUUGUCGAGAAAGGUUUGGCCGUGGAAGUAGAGAGGGGAGAAGACGGGUCGUUCGAUCGGAAAGGCAUCACUAGGGCCCUAAGGAAGGCCAUGGUGGAUGAAGAAGGUGAGGGGGUGAGGGUCCGAGCGAGGGAGAUGAGGACCUUCUUUGGUGAUCACGGGCUCCAUCAAGCAUACAUGGAUGGGUUCAUCCAAUAUCUCAAGAAGAAAGAACAGAAAGAGGAAACUCGUUAACCCACUUUUGUCACUUCUUCUGUUAGGGUGACCGCGGGUGUAGGAAAACUCGGUCCUACUCCAUAGGUGCUUUGGAUCCUUUUUUUUUUUUUU